CCGAGCGCGUUGGGAGCUCGCGUCUCGAGAGCCUCUUUCCCUCUCAAUCUCCGGUGAUACUCGUCGUUUAUUAUCCGUUCGACCGAACGAACUCGACUCAAGUUUCUCACUGACCCUCGGACCCUACGUGGACUAUUUAUUUGAAUAAACAAAUAUUUAUGUAUUUUGACACGUACGUUUGUGUAUGUAAAUACGAAAAUUAGUUGCCGUGAAACUAGUAGCGGGGUUUGUUAAAAACGUAGUCAAAACAGUGCUCAUCGAUACGAGCAUCGCACAGUGGAGUUUAUCUCGCCAAAGAAUAGUGUGUUUUUCCUUACAUCAUCGUCGGAAAUAAACGAACAAGUGUAAGAAGAGUGAGCGUGAUUGUUUUUGUUUUCUUUGUCUUCUCUCCUGCGGUUAUCGCAGUCGAAACAAAUCUCAAAAUAAUCAUAACUGAAUUCCCGUUGUUCUCGCGAGCAUCAUGAGGCUUCUUUUAUCGUUGUGAUUUGAAAUACGAGGCAAUUUAUCGAUCGCCUUGAGAUUUGGCAGUCUGGAAAGCCUCGGAAACGACUUCUUCGUAUAGUUCGGACUUGCCGCAGCAUUUCAUUAUCCGUUUUCGUUUCGUUUUCAACGCGGAGGAAGAAUGUGGGAUAAAGUUGGACGAUCGUAGCCAUGAGGCUGAGGAGAAUAGUGGCUGGAUUUCGUACUAAUCCGGCAGGUGGCAGUGCCAGCUCGAUGUGAUCGUUUCUCACCCGUUUUUUCUCGCCCGGGACACACGGAAAGUGGUGUUUUUGUUUGCUUUGUGUUGUUUUUCAUACCCCUCGGCAUUCCGCCGGAGCUUCGAAAUUUUUUUUCUCAUUUCCGACGUUGAAUUCGCGUUGAUCCUUGCUAAUGAUGCCGCGACCGUCGCGCGACACGUACGGUGAUCAAAAGCCUCCGUACUCUUACAUCUCGCUCACCGCAAUGGCAAUAUGGUCCUCGCGAGACAAGAUGCUGCCGCUUGCCGAAAUUUAUAAAUUUAUCGCCGAUCGAUUUCCUUAUUAUCGGAAGGACACUCGCCGAUGGCAGAACUCGUUGAGGCACAAUUUGUCAUUCAACGAUUGUUUCAUCAAGGUUCCACGGGGACCUCACAGGCCUGGGAAAGGUGCUUACUGGGCUCUUCAUCCCGCAGCCCUUUCGAUGUUCGAGAACGGUUCGUUAUUGCGACGCAGGAAGCGGUUCAAGCUUCACAAGCCUGACAAAGAGUUGUUGAAGUCGGAAUUGCAGGCGUUGGCAUCGUCGAUGCCACCGCCGCACAGCAGCGAGCCAACCGGGAGCGGGUGCUCGUCGGCAUCGAGCGGCGGAAGUACGGGGGGCCUGAGCGCGGCGAAUCUCCAGAGACUGCGGGAAGAUUUGUUGAGAUGGGAGAUGCAAGAGAGAAGAAUGAUGGUGGCCGCGGCGUCGACGGCGUCCCCGAGUUUCCCGAUGGACGGGGGGGUCCCCGGGACGGAGGGGACGCCCGGUUAUUAUUUGCUGUCACCGGAGGCUCGGCAAAGACUGACCGGAACGCUGGCCGACGGUGGCGACGCAUCGGCGAGUCCUUACGAAGUUGCAGCUCUUCUGCAGACCUCCGGCUGGGCAUUUUCCGGUUUGAACAGCUCCGCUUACAUGACGCAUUUGCCCUAUUUGCAGAGCUCCUCGGUCAGACAAUCGGCGGCUCUGCUGGCGGCGGAACUACCGGAAAGUCCGGUCUCGGCUCAUCUGUGCAAUCGUCGAAACAGUCCCUCGACUAGUUUGAGCCUGCGCGAGCGCGGCGAUCAUCGCCACGAGCGUUCGAGGCUCGUCGACAACGAGAACAAUCGGUCGCUGCUCGCCGUUCGUUGCUCACCGUCGGAAAUCAACGCCGAGGCCUUCCGAGAUUCGUUGCUUUACGAGGCUCACCCUUACCCGGAACGCCUCAGCGGUGAGGACGAAUCGAUAUCCGGCAAUUCCUCCCGCAACGACGUCAUCUAUCGCGACAGCUCUUCACCGGCGGCUUCGAUAUCACCGAUUCUCACCAAGCCCUACGGACCAGCGGACUCGUUGUACCGGCCGACCUCGUCCCCUCGGUCUUCCCCGAACUACGGGGACCCCAGCGAUCUCCGUAACUCCUCCGAGUCGAGUUGCAACUCCAGCUCCGCUGCCCUGCAACUCACCAUCGGCAGCAGAAUCGGCAAAAGAACGAAAAAGCCCUUCACCAUCGAGAACAUCAUAGCCCCCGACGAGGAGACGGCCAACCCGAGGAAUUUGGAGCACCGCCAACUCCUCCGCGCUCCCACCGCGGCCAAGACGACCGCGGCCAUUUUGCAAAUGCCGAGACCCAUGUACGCCGGUUAUCCUUUACCGAUCACGGGUUCCGGAAUACACAGACCGCCCUACGGAGCCGCGACAUGAAUCCUCCGCUCUUUCAACUUACUCCAAAACAAACCAGUUUCUUCUCUCUCAUCGUUGCAGCUCCGUCCAUAGCGAACCGGAUCGAGCGACCAAUAAAAAGCUUCCCAUUUCAUUAAAACGAAGCGUACAUUCGUCGAGAAACACCAAAAAUCGGUACAUCCGGAAUCAAAAAGCUUCCGGACUAAUUCCACUGCCAGAAAUUCGUCUGGUUCGUCUCGAUCGCGACCAACUCAAAGCUACGUUGAACAGAGGACCGAUCCGGGGACAAAAGGCAAGAAGAAAGAGCCGGCAAAGCAUUCGCGAAAAACAAAUGGGGCUGGAUAUUUUCGUCAAAGAUGAGCAAGAAGACUAUUUCCGAAUAAACUACCGAAGAUAAUAUAGUCUGCUUACGAUUAGCUCAAUUGUUGUACAACGCCUGGCUCGAAUGUCACUGUCGUCGAAAUACGUUUAUCAUCUCGACACAUUUAUACGCAUAUAAAUCCGCGUAAACGCGAACGAGAGUGUUUGAAAAUCAAAUAAAUAUCCAGGUGAACGAUUAAAAUUUAAUAGGCUUUUAUAAAAGCGGUUAUAAUUCUGUGAUCGGAACAAGUUAACGAGGGCGUUUAUUAAACGUGCUUGAAUACGCGCGUAUGUGCAUAUACGUAUGCGUCGAAGCAUAUUUAUCUCAAACUAUCGACGAAAAUAUAGAUGCAAAUGUAUGUGUACGUGCAUGUACAAAUAUAUAUAAAUUUAAGCGUUCAUUUAAAUUGUAUAGUUGAUGAUAAAAGUCGAUCAUUCUUUACGACGUUAACGUAGACUCGUGUCGAUGUGGCAUAAUAAGUAAAUACGAGUUAAUUGCGAGUUAAUUAACGAUGAGCGUUGACGUUUCGAAGGUCAAGCUUUAUCCAAAACGGAGCUGAAUUCUACUAGCGUGGACAGGUUACGCAGCUCUUAUCCCAUUUAAUAUGGAUGAUGAAAAUAACGAAACGAAUUACACCCCUCGACUGUAAGUGUAACACACGUACACAUUAAAACAACACUCAACAUCCAUCGCGAAAUAAACAAAAAUAAACAAGUAUUUGUAAAUGUAGAAAAGAACUCGUCGAUAAAUAAAUUAUUGUACAUAUAUCAAAGGUCAUAAGAA